AUGCAACUUCCCUAACAUAGAUCAAUGUCUCUAUUUCUCUCUCUAAUCAAGCGGGAAGAAGCGACCAUUCUUUAGGUAAAUAAAUAUUUUAUGUGAUUCUCAAAUCUCAAGCAAACAUACACUAUAAAUAAACCAACUUUUUCUCUCAUUCACAUUCAUUAUUACUUGUUGGCAAAUCACUUAUAUUUGCCAUCCUGUCUCUUUUUUUAAAAAAAUACCUUUCUUUCAAACUCCUAUCAAUAUCCAAAUACUUUGUAUAACCUUACAAAUCUAAGCAACACUACAAUGGUUGAAUCCUCAUCGGAUUCUACCCUCCCUUACUCCUACGCACCAUUGGCUCCAAGCCAUGACCAAUGUAACAUUGGUUCGGGUGAUGAUAAACAACAAAGGAGACGGUCCUUAAAGAUCGGGGUGCUUAUUUUUUCCGGACUCAUGAUAUGUGCAUUGAUCGUCAGUUUUUUGGAUUACAAUAAUCAGCCCAUUGUCGUUGACAAUGAUGGUGUCAAGCCUAAUGAUUAUAAGUUGUCGAGGCCACCACCUGAGAACUUGGCUGGUGUAGAAGUUGUGCCGGGGUCAGAGGAGUUGUUGUUUAAGGUGACGCGUGGUAAGCCUCAUGGUGUCUCAGAGAAGGCUAAUGGGUUUCCAUUGCGCGGCCUUAGGCUGCCUUUCUUUGAUUGGAAUAAUCUCCAGUUAGCUUGGCAGAAAACUUCUUUUCACUUUCAACCACAGAAGAAUUGGAUGAAUGAUCCAAACGGUCCAUUAUACUACAAUGGGUGGUACCACUUCUUCUACCAGUACAACCCUGAAGGUGCAGUCUGGGGCAACAUUGUAUGGGGCCAUGCUGUGUCAAAGGACCUCAUACAGUGGAUACACCUUCCCAUAGCCAUGGUGGCAGAUCGCUGGUAUGACUUCAACGGCGUGUGGACUGGCUCAGCCACCAUCCUACCUGAUGGUCAAAUCAUGAUGCUCUACACUGGAUCAACUAACGAGUCAGUCCAAGUCCAAAAUCUUGCCUAUCCAGCUAACUUGUCUGACCCUCUUCUCCUUGAAUGGGUCAAGUACCCUGGUAACCCAGUUCUCGUUCCUCCUCCAGGAAUUGGCAAAUUGGAUUUCCGUGACCCUACAACUGCCUGGUUGACCUCAGAGGGAAAAUGGAGGAUCACAAUCGGGUCCAAGAUCAACAAAACAGGCAUUUCUCUUGUGUAUGAGACCACUGACUUUAAGAACUUUGAGCUCUUGGAUAACAUUCUCCAUGCUGUGCCAACCACUGGUAUGUGGGAGUGUGUUGACUUCUAUCCAGUCUCAUUAACUGACACAAAUGGGCUUGAUACCUCCAUUAACGGUCCAUUAGUGAAACAUGUGCUCAAGGCAAGCAUGGAUGAUGAUAGGAAUGAUUAUUAUGCGCUGGGAACCUAUAGUGAGGCCAAUGGUACAUGGGUUCCUGAUAAUGGUGCCAUUGAUGUUGGCAUUGGGCUUAGAUAUGACUAUGGAAGAUUUUAUGCUUCCAAGACAUUUUACGACCAAGAAAAGAAGAGAAGGAUCUUGUGGGGUUGGAUCACAGAAGGUGACAGUGAAGCAGCUGAUGUAAAGAAAGGAUGGGCAUCUCUCCAGGGAAUUCCAAGAACUGUUCUGUACGACCAGAAGACUAAAACCAACUUAGUUCAAUGGCCCGUGGAGGAAUUAGAAACCCUUAGACACAACAGCAAGGAAUUUGACAGGAUUGAAGUUACUGCAGGAUCUGUUGUGCAACUGGAUGUCAGCUCUGCUACAGAGAUGGAUAUAACUGCAGAAUUCGAUAUUGAAAAAGAGGCAUUGGAAAGCUUACCUGUUACAGGAGAGAAGUAUAGCUGCCCUGCCAGCAAGGGAGCCGCUCAGAGGGGUGCUCUUGGUCCUUUCGGGUUAUUGGUUCUUGCUGAUAAUGAUCUCUCUGAACAGACUCCCAUCUAUUUCUAUGUGGUCAAAACCUCUAGUGGCAACUUCAAAACUUUCUUCUGCACUGAUUUAUCAAGGUCAUCUAUAGCAACUGAUGUUGCCAAAGACAUCUUGGGUAGCACAGUACCAGUACUCAAAGGCGAAAAAUUAUCCAUGAGAAUUCUUGUGGAUCAUUCAAUAGUAGAAGCAUUUGCCCAAGGCGGUAGAACCUGCAUCACAUCCCGGGUUUACCCAACACAAGCAAUAUACAAAGAUGCAAAGCUAUAUUUAUUCAACAAUGCAACUGAGGCCAGUGUGACAGCAUCUGUCAAGACCUGGCAGAUAAUUUUUGCUUGAAACCAGAACAUAUAGAAGAAAAGAGAGAAAAUCAGCAAUUCAUUUGGUGGAAGAGGAUAAGCAAUGGGAGUGGAGUGAGGUCUAGUCAAGUCAAUCACAAGCCAUGCCAUGCAAUGCCGUUCAUUCAUUCAUUUAUUAAUUAUACAGCAAUCAUCAUACACAUACAUAUGUUUCUUGAUCACAAGAAAAUCACAAUUUUGGGGAGAAAAUAAAUAAACAUAUUCUCCAUAAUCGUUGAGAUUUUGGUUAAAUGGUGUGGUCGCUUGUCCACUCCCAUUACUCAAUCCCUUCAAUCAGCUCAUUAUAUUGAAGUUCAUUCAUCCUUUAUUUAUUUCAUUGUUGGAGAAUUAGUGAUAGCGAAUUUUGUUUCUUUAUCAGUUUCCUAUUACAAAGACUUGAUAUAAAUGACAAGAAACUCAUUGCUCAUAA